GGAAAAGAUAAGGUUAAAAGGUGUGACUAAAUCUCACAAUUUAGAACAAUGGAAGAUCAAAAUGACGCUAUGCAACGUGCAUUUCUUAGACAUUUGUACAAGUCAAGAUGUAAGCUACAAGAAGGAGAGAGCACUAUAAAGUUUAUUGAAUCGGGUGUUAGGGAUUUUGUCGCUAAAACUUGUGAUCUGGUUGGAGAAGUAAAGCCAGUUUUCCAAAUUUCGCAAAUCAUUCCCGCUGGAAGCUUUUAUGAAGGAACAAAAAUUGGAAGAACAGACGAGUUUGACUUUAUGGUCAUUUUGAAGAGACUAUCUGGAGCUGACAAAUUACAAAUACAUAAUGGAUGCAGUCCGUGGUAUAAAAAACUUGAACUCCAAAAAGGUGUUCAUUUAAGCCAGAAGUAUAUGUGUAAUUGCCACAUGUACAAGGAAACGUAUGGAGACUAUUUAGGUAAUCCACAUGUACUUGUGAUCGAUUUUUGGAAUAAUGUUUCAUCUGUAACCAAAUCGAAUCCAUUACAUAGAGAAAAUUCAGAGGGACAAUUGUACUCAAAAGUAAUUAAUGAGAAACGAAAAUUACUGUUAAAUUAUGCCAUAAAGCCUUCAAUGCCAUUAAUGCCGGGGUCUACAGAGAAAAGCCUAGUUUCUUUGAACGAUGUAGAUAUUGGCGUUGACCUUAUGAUGGCCAUAGAACACCCAUUUCCAGAAACCAUAGCCUCUCAGCCUUCUUUUCCUUCAGAAUUCAAGGAUUUGCUUCACAGCCACGGCUGCCACAUCAUCACGAAAUCCUGCCAUAUUGAACAUUUUCCACAGCCAACUUGUUGGUUCAUUACUUUCGCAGCGCUAGAGCUACAAUUGAUGAAAAAUAUGGACACACAUCACAAAGAAUGCUACAAAAUUUUGAAAUCUUUGAUGAUUGGGGAGGUAAAUUUUCAGGGAAAAUGCAUGAAUUUGUCAUCAUACGUUCUCAAAACGGCUUUUCUAUUCCACGUCUACGGAUCAAACAAAUGCACACAUUCAAAAUUUGAUGUAAAAUGCAUUAUUGAAGUUCUAAACUACCUUGCCAAUUGCUUGUUUAAUUUUGAUAUGCCUUGCUUCUUUGCAAGAGAUAUGAAUACAUGGGGUUACUUGUUCGAGUUUCCUUGUUUUACAUGGUCUGAGUUUAGCAAAUAUCCAGACGAAACUUUUGGGCUUUGCUGGAUGAAAAUGUGGUAUAAAAUUGUCCUAUUCAUGAAAAAGAUAAUUGGAAAGGAAAACAUUAAUGAAAAAAAGAAUUGGAUGGUAGUAACUGACAAAUGUGAUUAUAUCAAAGGAGUAAUAUUUUAUGUGCUUGAGAGAUAUUCCACUUAUACCCUUACGGAGGUGUAUAAGGGACAGCUUCCCCAAACAGAAAUAUCUGGACUGACUCUUGCUUCUUGUUCUGACCAACAAUUCACGGAUUACAUUCAAAACAUGAAAAAAUAUCACAACAUACAGCUAGAUAUGUUGUUGUGAAAAUUCAGACAUAAGCGUUAUAUUCACAUUUAAAUAACAAAGAUUAAGUCUAUAAGUGGUCAUUAU